CCCUCAUCACAUAAACCUCUGCUGUGAGUGAAAGCGGGCCAGAGCUGACCGCGUACGAGAUUCUCUCUCCCACUUUGAUCGACAGUGGACGACAAGUCUGUGCGUUUUGGAAACCUCGUCGCUCGUCUUUGGGGAAACUUGUGGACAAACAGAAAACACGCUUGGAAGUAAAACUACUGCACAUCCUAACAUGAGUGUGACGGUGCCGCCGUCCCCGCUCCGCUGCUGCCUGUUGGUGACUUCAAACUGUGACGCGAUAUGGAAGCAUUAAGGACGAACGCGGUUUUUACGCAGCGUGAUGGGACUAGAGAAGUUCAACUUUUUUGAAAUCCACUCUACCAGGAAAUGGCAAGUCGUGCCACAUUGAUGGAGCGCGCAGUUGUUUUCAUAUGCAGCGUGUUCGUCCUAACCAACGUUGUCUGUGUCUCCGGGUCUCCGAACCACAGCCGUCGGCUGGUCUGCUGGAAAGCCAUCCUCAAGUGCCAUGGAGAGCCGGAGUGCCAUUACGCGUACGAUCAGUACCUUUACGCGUGCGCGUCUGUCCUCACCGGAGAACUCAAGAAGUGUCCCAGCCACUGCAUAUCGUCUCUGAUCCAGCUCAACCUCACCCAGAGCGGCCCGGCUCUGGAGGACUGCGACUGCGCUCAGGACUCGGUGUGCCGGGGCACGAAACAAGCCAUCGAGCCGUGUCUGCCGCGGACCAGCACUAUGGGCUGCACGGAGGCGCGGCGGCAGUGCGAGGCGGACGCGUCCUGCAGCUCCGCCAUGAGGGAUUAUUUAUUCCACUGUCGGAAACUCUUCGGUGGGGAAAGGUGCUCGGAUGGCUGCCGCAGGGUGAUCGCCAACAUGCGCUCCAUACCCAAGGCGCAGCAGCUCGACACUUGUGUGUGCGAUGGCACGGAAAGGAACAUAUGCGAGUACAUAAAGGUCAGCAUGAAAACUUUCUGCUAUGAUUCCACCGACAGGCUCGCUGGGAGCGGGUUUUCAGACACUGAAGACGACUCUGAGGACGAUUACAUCGACCAGGGGGAUUAUCUGUAUGUGGACAGCUCGAGUGACUCCUCCACACCUUUUUCUCGGAGUGUGCUCACAAUCCUGACCACCAUUUUAUUUUUAACCCAAUUUCUGUGAAAAAGGCUGCUGCCACAAUGAACACGCGUCUGAAGAAUAUGUCUGCCAUGUUUGCCUUAAGACAAAAAAAAAAGUUUGGUUUUUAAAUUCUGCCCAAAGAUUUUACUCCUCUACACAGAUGUGUACAAGUUGGGGGCGUUUGCUGUUUAUCGCUCAUUUCAAAGGCAAGUUGUUCAGCAGUUCAUAUCUGUAUGAGCUACACAAACAAACAGACAUUUAUCAUGUUUAGGGAUGGCUUGACACACUUUUCUGUGUCCAUGAUUCCAAUAUCACUGAUAAAGCCUUGAAUUGCUGCUGAUAUCUGUCCGAUACAGUUGCUAUUUCUUUGUUUGUUUGUUUCUAACACCCAUUUACAACCAGCCAUUUCAAAAACACAACUGCAUGGCAGACAUCUGCAGCCCUCACCCACAUCAUGGUCACGUUACAGUGGUAGUGGUGAACAUCUCUCUUUAAAAUAACAUUGUUGCCUGUGUGUUUACGAAGGCUUUCACAUCAUUUUAAAGGCUAACUUUUGUGAUUUUGGCCAGUGUCAGACCAUGUUUUUAAUGUGUAUAUACAUCUUUAUAAAGGUAAAUUGUACAGUAUAUUGUAUAAGAUUAUUGUUGCGGUUGAAAGACUUGUUUAUAAGUAACGAGAGAUUUGCACUGUAGCUGAGUCUGUUACUGCAUUCUGUCCACACAAGGGAAAACGGAUAUGUGUAAAAGUGCCCGAAAGUCACUUUGUAUUCACCAGUAAGUGGCCGCAUCUGUGAAAACAGCUUUCCCAGCUGCACUGAGACUUUCUCCACAACCCCUUCAUUAAAAACCAAAGUUGAUAUAAGCCACUAAAACUUGUCUUGAAACAGCGGGCAUGUUCAUGCAUCUGGGAGGGAGGGGAGGGGAGGGGGGGGGAAAUCAGCUCCUAAGAGCGAUGCACUUGACCUUGUAAACAUGGAUGUUUGCACAAGGUAUAAUCUGUUAGUUCCUGUGAGCUGUUCAAACAGAGGAGAGAAAGGUAAACUCCUCCUCUGGAGCGGGGAUUUGCUGCACGAACGGAGCCAAAAAAGUGUUCGGUCUGUUCCUUGGUCUUCACCUCAUAUACGUGUCUUUAAGUCAUAACUGAAGGAAAGGGGGUUAGUGGAGAUCAGUGCUCAUUAUUAACACACUCCUCUGAAUGUACAUUGCACAUGAAAUAAACAAGAGUUUCAAAA